AAAUAAACUAGAUGAAUAAUGAUUCUAUGGUUAAUUUUACAACCUCUAGUGAUUAAUAAUGGAAAAAUCAUAGAGCCUUCACAAGUGGAACUCUUUUUAUGAUUUUCCAUUGAUACCCCUCAUAACACUAAUAUAAUAUAAAAGCACAUAUACCUGGCCGCCAUUUUCUCCAAUCCUCUUCAAACAGUAGGUUUUCACUUUACCCUCUACUUCACUCUUAAUUACCAUUCUGCCAUUCUCCUUCUAUUCCCCACCGGUCUCUGGAAAACCAAAACUCGGCCACCGUUUCCGAUUCCUGCGCCACUAUGAUGCCAUCUCCCAGAACUCACCGGAGAGUUAACGAAGACAAUCCUCGCAAGGGAAUUCGGUUAUCGGAGAAAUCCAAGUCAUUUCACGGACAGAGCUCAGGCACCAAUACACCUGAUUUGUUACGAAGGCCAAGAACAGUACCGGACUUACUCGCCGGCGGAAGAAAUUCCACCGGAGAGUCAACGGCAGUGAAUAUCAGGCCGUUAAAGUUGACGAAGUUGCUGUUAAAUGUAACGAUUCAAAGGAGUGUUGGACCUGUACAAGUACUAAUAUCGUUGGAAUCAACGGUUGAUGAUCUUAUUGCUGCAGCUUUACGGCAGUACUCGAAGGAAGGAAGAAGGCCGGUGCUUUCUUCCGUUAACGCGGGUUAUUAUGAUCUUCAUUACUCGCAGUUCAGCUUAGAAAGUUUGGACAGGACGGAGAAUCUCAAUGCAUUGGGGUCAAGAAACUUUUUUAUGUGCCCCAAAAAUGGUAGCACAACGACGACGUCAUCUUUAAGCUGUGGGAAACAAUCUGAUACAACUACCAAGAUAUCUUUGCCGUGGCUCAAAUUCAUGGAUUUCUUGCUGUGAAAAAUAAUAAUUUACAGCUUUACAACUUAGUAAUAUUUCUUUUUUAAUGAUAUUCUAAGUUCCGCUCGAACGUUUCUCAAGUUAAUUCACUUAAUAUUCGAGAAAGGGGGAGGAUUUUAACGGUCCAAAGCCGCUGUUUAUUUAAUAGUAGUAGUAUUUUGUAAGUUCAUCUUGUUACAACUUGAUACUGAAUGUUUAAGAUUGUACUCCUAUUAUUUAGUUCAAUGUUGAGAAAGUUGUAUACUAAGUGAUCUCAACGUGAUGUAACAUAGUCUUCAAAUGUUAAAUUUGAACUGUAACGUGUAUACUACUAUUGAUGUUCUUACUUUUUGUUUA